AUGUUGCCAAGAUGCAAAGGCCAUUUCUGGCAACGUCCACUGCAGCUCUACACCCGUAGGCUUCUCCCCACAGCCAACCGCAAGCACACCGCCGCGAGGAUGUCGGACAAGGGUUUGGUGACCAAAACCCAGGUACAAUCCAAAUAUCCCGGCGUCGACAUCAAUUUACGAGAUCACCCAGGGCGAUAUGAAAGUCACUAUUCCGUCGGCUGCCACCCAAACGUCGGGGGGAUUGAAUCGCCCAUCCUGCCCAUGAGAGAAGUGGGCAUGAUGUUGCUGAUGGACAAGCUGACUGACAAACCCGAGUGGUUCAAGAAAGUCUUUGAUGACAAGAUUGUUGAGAAAUGGCGAAGAGAGUCGCAGACUCAAUCCGAAGAUGCCUUGUUUGCCGCUAUCAUGAGGGACAAGAUGGACGCACCGGUCCCUCAGCCCAAAAGGAUCAUCUCCGAAGCCGCUUUUGAUUUUUGUAUUGCAGAACUGCGCAGCAAGGCCAAAUACUAUGCUCAAUCGAAGCUCAUCCCUAUACUUGAUUCCAGCUUCAACACCGUCGUCAAAUCAGAUGAACUAGUGUCGAAUACUCUUCAUCAAGACAUACAUGCUUCUUUUCAGCAGCUGCUCGCAGAUCAAGCUGCGUGCCCCGACUGGCACCCGAACAGCAAUGACACAGUUCAAGAUCUCGUUCACCCAUCCAUGUACCCUUUCGUAUACGGUCGAUCAAAGUUUAUCCAUGAUGAAGUCGUUGGCGUACACAAUGCCAUGAGUUUCAUUGGGCAAGGCCAGAUCGUGCCCAAGAACACUGACAGACCUACAUUAGAAGGGGUUCCACGCAAUGAGCUGUACCAUUAUUCGCCUGGUGGCAUAAAGAUCAAUCCCGAAUAUUGGUCAAACACUUACCAGUGGCUGCCGGCGAAUGUGGCCUUCAGGGACGACGGCAAGCCCGAAUUCACUAGCUAUAUCAACGGACUACGGCCCGACAAAUACCCAGAUAUAUACAAGACAGUUGAAAGAUUACUAGAUGCUGUGAUCCCAGCGUGGGAUCAAUGCCUUACAGAAAUAUCUGGUCGCGACAGGCAUUCAUCAGGCAGAAGAAGUUCCAGGUUCGAAUGGAUUAGAGAAGCAAAUGAUGAGAAUGAUAGUUUGUGGAGCCCCUUUGAUGUUGAAUUCUGGAAGGCCUCAGACUACAGGCUACCUCUAGACAGCUUGAUAGAGCUAAAUCAGGAAGAGAAGCUGGAAAAGGAGGGGGAAUGCCUCACAAGUGAAGAGAUGGACGAGGAGUACCGCCUAUACGAACAAGGUCUACCUCCUUGCGUCGCCUAUGUUGACCCGGAGAAGCUGGCUCGGGAAAAAUGGCGACAGUGCCGCGAAGCAGUUCUACCAGAGCCAAAGGGCUUCACGGAAACUGAAUACGUGCCAAGGCAGAAUUUGCGUGAGAAGUUCAGAGAAAGUGGCCUUCAAGUCAUUGUAAAGAUGGCCAGCAUAGAAUUAACACCAGACAAACCUGACUUUCCCGCAGGGGGCUGGCAUAUUGAAGGGCAGAUGAACGAGAGAAUCUGCGCCACAGCUCUCUAUUAUGUUGAUUGUGAGAAUGUCACAUUCAGUCAUCUGUCCUUUUGUAUGGCGACAGAUUCAUACCUCGAUGAUUCUAUAAAUUAUGAGGCAAGCGCAUUCAACUGGCUCGAAAGGGUCUAUGGAACAGGGCUACAUUGCGGUGAUGCGGAGUCUUCGGCCAAUAUACAACAAUACGGCACUGUUGAAACGCGACAAGGGCGAGUUCUCGCAUUUCCAAACGAUUUUCAACACGCUGUGUCCUCGUUCAGCCUCCAAGACAAGACAAAGCCCGGCCAUCGACGAUUCAUUGCCUUGUGGCUCGUCGACCCUCAUCAACGUAUUAUUUCCACCUCCAACGUGCCGCCGCAACAGAAGGAGUGGUGGCUUCAACACCAAGAUGAAAGAAACACCAUGUCUUCUCAAACCAUCCCGGAAAGCCUAAUGACCGUUGAAGAGGCUAAGGAGCACCGUCUCAAGUUGAUGGAAAUACGAACGCGCGUCGAUAAGAUAUCAGAAUUUGGUAUGCCCGGUUAUAAUUUCUGUGAGCAUUGA